AUGAAAUCCAUUCGUAUAGUAGGAGAUUCUCCUCAUGAACAACCCGCUCUUCAAAAUCAUUUUGCCUAUUGGGAUCGAACCAACAAAGGUUAUAUCACCCCAUUAGAUGCAGUCAGAGGCUUCUCCAACCUGGGUUACAAUAUAUUCCUAAGUAUCAUAAUUGGUGCCAUCCUAAGCAUGUUGUUUUCAUAUGCAACACAAGAUUCAUGGAUACCAGACCCUUUAUUCCGAGUAAACACAGCUAAUCUUAUAAGCUCAGAGUCAUGUGGUCCGUACGAUCAAAAUGGGCAAUUUGAUCUUGAGAAGUUUGAGGCUCUAUUCACAGCAUACGCAAAGGCAGAUCCCUCUGGAAAAACCAUCAGUGUAAUAGAAUUACUUCAAAUGGUCAAUGAAACAAACUCUCUCGGAACAAGUCUUUCUAAAUGGACAAAAACAUUUCUGGAAUGGAGUACUGCUUAUCUAUUUGUGGGCCACCGCGGUUCUCUGAAGAAGAGAGAUGUUGUGGCUACCUACGAUGGCUCCUUAUUCUACCGUCUCCGGAAUACUAAGCGUCCCAUCAAAGCAAACACAAAAAAGCCUCGUCUAGCUGGCGUGAUUCGCGCAAAAACUAAAAUCAACUACCUAGAAGACAAGGUCCAGACAAUAAUCAACAAGCUCCCACCUUCUUCUGUCAAGGCAGUUGAAGGGCGGAUUGAAAAGUUACGCCUCAUGGUAGAAAACCAUACGGGUCAGCUUACUUUUCCCAUUCCAAUCAUGGAUCUAAACAAACCUGUGACUACAAUGCGGGCAAUAACGUUGACGGGCGUACCAGAUAAGCAAGAAUCAGCUGAAACUGCCGUCUCACUAAAUUCGCUCCAGCUUUACGGACACUCUCUCACGGGUACUCAAGAAAUCCAAGAAUAUCAAGGCACUCAGGAAUAUGACAAUAUAAACAUCACUGGCCUUUCAUUGGAUUCCCUAUCAAAAGACGACACAGAAAGCAUCAUUGUAAAAGACUGGCUUCAAACAGGUUCUCUCACUGGGGUUCAGAAACCAACAGAUUUGCAAAACAAGCAUGACUCACAAGAGAAUGAUACCCCUGUUCAACUGACUACUGGAUUGACUGGCGUACAGAAACAAGAUAAUGACCAAGAGACUCUGACAGCACAAAAUACAGAUGCAAUGCUUACCUCUGGCCUUACUGGUGUCCAGAAAUCAGAAGAAGAACCUCCAGUCGAUGAAGUACACGUCCAACUCACUUCAGGCUUAACUGGCGUCCAGAUAUCUUCAGAAGAUGAAUAUUCCAUCGAUGAAGUACACGUCCAACUCACUUCUGGUUUAACUGGGGUCAAGGUGUCUUCAGAAGAGUUUGAAACCACAGAGAUCCUAUCAAAAUCUGGUAUAAUCGGUGUACAGGAACCAUCAGAAACCGCUCCAAUUGAAGAGAUCGAUGUCGAACUCACUUCCGAUCUAACUGGCGUCAAGUAUGGUACAUCCGACCACGAUCUUAUUUCAGCAGGAGCAUAUGAAGAUGACCAACAAAACACAAGUCAAUUUGGUGUUCAGCUUCCAGAAGAUCUUGAAGGCACUUUGACAGUAGACGAAGGAGAGCCUGUUCAGUUGACCUUUGGUCUAACAGGUAUCAAGAGUCAGUUUGAUACUGAAGACAAGGAAAACACAGUUGAUGAUCACGCUUUAGAGAACACUGGUCUUACUGGAGUUCUUCACAGCAGUGAUGAAGAUACACAUGAAACCUUUGUACGCUUCACACAUAACGAUACAUCUAGUGAUGAAUCUAUGGAAGUUCCUGAACUGACUCUUGUUGACCAUCCUUUGACCGGUACCUGCAGGGAUCACAGUGAUGUUGAAAACGAAGACGAACUUUCUCAAUAUGACAUGCACAGUGAUAUUCACUAUUCUUCUACUGAAGCUACUGAAUCCGACAGAGAGCCAUUCCAGCUUGUUGCCAACCUAACUGGUCUAUCCAAAGAAGAUCCUUCAUCUGCCAUCUUUGUAGAUCUUACCCAUGAGCUCUCUGGCGAUAUGAACGCGACUCAUUUUGGCGAAAUAUUCUUGGUUGACUCUCUCACUGGUUUGAGCAAAGAGCCACCUAUCGUAGAUAGCUUCAAGCUUUCAGAAGAUAUUCAGGUCAAACCAAAGGAACCCAAGAUCCCUGUAUCUAUUCAAGAUGUCGCUUUGACUACUGCUUUGACUGGCCUUUCCAAUAAGCCUACUGAGCCCAGUACGUUUGAUUUGUCAAACGGAACAUUUGAUUUCCCUCGAAAUGCAAAGGAAACAGUCUCAGUUGAAGAUGUAAUGUUGAGUGAGUCAUUGACAGGAGUUAAGGACAUUCCAGAAGACACCGCUGAUCCAACUGAUGCCGACGACCAAGAAGGUGACGAUUCCAGCAAUAUUGCCACUACAGCUCAUCACGAUGAUAAGAACGUCUCCGGGAUGACAUCACAGGAUAUCAAUGUACAUGACUACCACUAUGAAAACUCAUCAGUAUGCAGCUCCCAUGCUUCUGUGGACAAUGGCGCGCAUCAAGAUUCAGAGAAUAGCCAUUCAGAAGACGAAUCGUGUGAAUCUCGCGCAGGCGUCCCAAUGUCUUUGAGUGACUCCCAGCAAAGUGCAAAGGCUAGAAAGAACCGAAGAAAGAAGGAUAAGAAGAGACAGAAGCAGCAGAUGGCCACUGUAAAUGAUAAGGCUUCUGAAGGUGCAUGGCCACCAUUAACUGAGGUUGCCGGCAAAGAAGAAUAA